CAACACCAAGAUGUCUUCCUCAGAGGCCACCCCCGUGGAAUCCCCCAAACCAGUCGAGGCUCCUCCCAAGCAAUCGCAACCAGAUGCUGCGCCUAAAUUAUCUGGCGCAGAAAUAAAAAAACAAAAAGCUGCCGAGAAAGCUGCGCGAAGGGCACAAGCUGCGAAAGAAAAGCAAGGAGGGGCCCCCGCACCACCUUUAGCCUCACCAGCGCCGGCGCAGAAAGGAGAUGGACCCAAGGCGCAAAAGUCCCAACAGAAGAGGCGAGGUUCUAUGUCCACUCCAAAAGAUAUUCCCAUUCGGUCGCAAAAAGGAAUUGUUGUCAUUCCAGAGGAGCCAAAGAAAGAAGACAAGACGGUCGAGUUCUUUCGACACCUUUACAAACCACGGAUGAAGGGUUUGGCAGGUGCUGGGAAAGAUGCUCAUCCUGCCGUACUGGCUUUAGGAAUUCAAAUGAGUAACUACUCGAUUUGCGGGAGCUCUGCUAGACUUGUUGCGACGCUGCAGGCAUUCAAGAGAGUAUGAUUCAUUGCAGACAAGUUGGAAGAUCCGCUUCUAAUCCUGACAUUUAGGUCAUUGAGUCGUAUACGACGCCCCCAGGGAACACCCUAACAAGACACCUUACCUCGCACGUUUUAUCACCACAAAUUGAAUAUAUUGCUUCAUGUCGGCCCAUCUCAAUAUCAAUGGGAAAUGCUAUUAGAUGGCUGAAACUUGAAAUCUCAAAAGUCGAUAUUGAUACCCCAGAAGCAGAUGCAAAGAAAGCACUUUGCGAAGGCAUCGAUGUAUUCAUACGCGAACGAGUUACCUUUGCGGACCAAGUUAUUGCAAACAGCGCAGCAGAAAAGAUUAGGGACGGAGACGUGAUUUUGACAUAUGCGAAAAGUAGCAUUGUUCAACAUGCUUUGGUGAAAGCGCAUGAAGACGGCAAGAAAUUUGGGGUGAUUGUUGUAGAUUCAAGGCCACUACACGAGGGAAAACACCUGGCAGCAGCUUUGGCUGGGCUAGGAAUUGAAGUAAAGUACUGCCUCACCAAUGGACUGAGCCACAAUAUUCAGGAUGCCACCAAAGUAUUUCUCGGAGCUCAUGCCAUGAUGAGUAACGGACGACUUUUCUCGCGAGCUGGAACUGCACUUGUUGCAAUGGAAGCAAAUGAUAACGAUAAACCAGUGCUCGUGCUUUGCGAGACCAUCAAAUUUACUGAAAGGGUUGCUCUUGACUCGAUUGUUCACAAUGAGAUCGCACCACCAGACGAAUUGGUCAUCACGGGUGGGGCCCUGGAAGCAUGGAGAGAUAUUCCACAUUUACAACUUUGCAAUCCAAUGUAUGAUGUCACACCAGCUGAAUAUAUUCAGAUGAUUGUUACAGAGUCAGGAAAUGUACCCCCUACCUCAGUGCCUGUGUUACAUAGGUUGGGAAAUGAAAGUCAAGGUUGAAGAGGUUAUAUGACUAGGGAACAUAUAUUGAUAUCUCCACAAGGUACCGGAGCAUUUGGAUGCAAUUCUGUCAUCGCGGAGAGCAGCGACGAUUCAAUAGAACAGCCAGGUGAUGCGAGGGUUUAAUCAAGCCCCGGAAAAGCAAAGUGUGAGGCAUGCCGAGGAGCGCUCACCUGGUGUAAGAUAUUGUAAUGAAGGUAGAUGACUGAGUUUGUGCUGAUUGAUGCAUUUGCCAAUUCGUGAUCGUUGCU